CUUCCUCACAAUAUAUUUUCAUCAUAAGCUUACACGUAGUCAAAAGUAUCGGCUCGUAAGCUGUAAUAUUUUUGGAAAUUUAUAUUAUUCCAAUAACGUCUCGGUAGUACAUACCAAUUUUAUCUAAAAAUCUUGUAUCCAUUAACAUAAAGUUCGUCAAAAAGUUACAGUUGUCUUUGGUAUCGGUUAUAAAAAAUAAAUAUUCUGGUUUAUCUAAAUUAAAUAUUCAAAACUACGAAUCUUGAAAUUUGUGCUGUUAAUUCAUGUCUUAUGAGCAAAAUGGAACCGAUUAAGGUACCGAAGAAAGUCAAUCGACACUUGCUAAAGGCUUUCGAUUUUUUGCAAGCAUCAAAAAACGAUUUUGUAUCGCUUGAGGAUAUACAAAAUCAAGUCCGAUGGUCCUUACGCAAUACUAAGCCAGUUGAGGACUUGGAUGAAGUGGUUCUGGAGGCCCUAAAGAUCCAGACCGAGAUGGGUAUUUUAAAUCGCAGCGGAUCGAUGUAUGCACUGGCCGUCGGGUUUCCGGGACUGAACACGAAAAAAUUGAAUAAACACGUUUUGAAAGCGGUUAAUUAUCUGCAAGCUUCCGAAAGCGAUUUUGUGCCUCUCGAAGCUAUCCAGGAUCGGGUAAAGAAGUCCUUACGCUACGCUAGACCGGUUACUAACUUGGAGGGAUUAGUUAAGGAGUGUUUAAGGAACCAGACCGAGCUUGGUAUUGUCUCACGUGACGAAUCAUCAAAUUACGCCAUGACUCUUGCGGUUCAGAGAGUACGUUCCCCCAACAAUGAACAUCAAAUUGAAGCAGUUGAGUCUGAUGAGUGCUGUAUCGAUUCUUUGACACCAGACGAAAUAACCAGGGUUCGUAAGAUUCUGCGCAGAAUUCAAAAGCCUUUGGUCAAGAAGAAGCCAGGUGCAAUCUGGCCGAGAGCUAUACGGCAAAGAACAAGGGGCUCAAAUGAUAUUGUCAAAGCUGAGAAAUCUCUUGAAAAUGGGCCCUCAAUUGUAUGCGAUAAAUGCUAUGUAUUGGGACGCACAUUAAAUGGACACAUGGACACAUAAAGAGAAGAAAUUUAAUAAGUAAUUAUUAAUGAUUAAAAUCGAUCUAAUGUAAAGCAUGAUGUGUAGGUCAGGCAGUUCUUAAAGAAACAAAUUUCUGAGACAUUUAAAUUAGAUUGGAGGAAAUGUUAAUUGUAUCAAGUAAUACCAGACAUAAUAUAGCAAAGGAUUUUCAUUACAA